AUGGAAGGAACACCGUGGCUGAUUGGAGGGAAUUUUAAUACGAUCCUUGCACACGAAGACAGGGUUGGUAGUGAAACCAAUCGGCAAGCAGAGAUGAUUGAUUUUGCCGAAGCCAUUGAAGACUGUAGGCUUCUGGACCCUGGGUUUGAUGGUGCAGAAUUCACUUGGGCUAAAAAUGGCCUGUUUGAAAGGUUGGACAGGUUGCUUGUCAAUGAGGCAUGGACAAAUGCGUUUGAGGUAACGAGGGUGACUAAUCUCCCAAGGGUAUCCUCAGAUCAUGGUCCGAUACUUGCGAGGUGUACGAUGCCGAGGCCGCCCUCGAGGGGUAGUGCCUUCCGGUUCCAAAAUAUGUGGGUCUGGCACGACGGCUUUUUGCAGCUUGUUCAAGAUAUUUAG